AUGACAGAUAUCGAGGAAUCCGAGAGCUCGUAUCCAAACUACUACUACUAUGUUGACCCUACCCUGCCAGUAUACGAACCACAACAACCAAACCCAGUAGAUGACUUAAUAUCGGUAUAUGGACUUGAGGAGGUGGCUAGACAGGUUGCUAGAACGAAUCCAGAUGGUACAAAGGCCGUUAAGCUAAGGAAGUCAUACAAGAACCAGAUACAAGACCUUUCGGGACGAUUUUUGACGAUCCCUAGCAGGGAAAACGGUAAAGGUGGUGAUAUAUCGCAUGUGAUUUUCCAAAAUAAUCCGGAUAUGGUGAAUCACGUCAAGCUGGUGGAUAAUAUGUCUGAAGAAGAGUAUAGGUCAGCCAUGAUGAAUAGAGAUACAGCGCUGUUUGAACCUCCUCAGAUGGACUGGGAUAUGUGCUCUACGGUGAUAGGACAGUUGAUGAAGAGCCAUCCUUCGGAAUUCAAAAACGCUGGGUUUGAUGUAGAUGAUCUCGCGUUCGAUCUUAACGGUACUGGUACCAAGACAAAGAAAAGAAAGUACAAAUCUAACGGAUCUUCUAUGGCGUCUCCUAACGCUGAACUGCAGCAAGAUGACAUGAAAAGAAGAAGACUCGAAUAG